AUGGGGACGCUGGAAGAAGGAAAGCAAAUACAAGCGCAAGCUUAUGCGACAGCAUCCAUCCAGCCAUUGGGCCUUGGCCCCGCGUCCAAUGGCCUGAUCUACUUCUUCUCGGCCCUUGUCACCAUUGUUCUCGGCCUUCGAGUCUAUGUCCGCUUCUUCAGUCGAAAAGUAUGGGGGUGGGAUGACCUGUUGGCAAUAGCUGGCUAUGUCGCAUUCGUCCCCUCCAACGUCCUUGGUGUUAUAGCUUCCUACUACGGCCUAGGAGCAUAUAAACACGAUCUCGACCCCGACACGCAGUCGCUCCUCCAAAUCCGCGCCAUCGAAUACUUCAUGUACUAUGAGAUCCUGUAUUUUGCUGCGUCGGCAACUACCAAAGUCUCCAUUACCAUUGCCGUCCUCCGACUAUGCGACAAGCACGAUAUAUACAGAUGGAUAGCCAUUGGCAAUGCCACUCUUAUGAUCGUGGCAGCUGGAGCGGCAGGAGUCUUCGUGCUCACCAACUGUCGGCCUUUUGCUGUCUACUGGAACGCCGACCUUGGUGUAUGCACCUUUGGAGACAAGGGUCUGGCAAGUCUCAAGAUUGUCAGCUUGGUUGGUUCAUCUUUCCAAAUGCUUAGCGAUUGGGUUAGCGCAAUUCUACCCUUCUUUAUCAUCUAUAAGCUUCAGAUGCCCUCACGUACUAAGACAGCCUUGAUCGGUGUCUUGAGCCUCGGUAUCUUGGCCAGUGCAGCUGCACUCGCCCGAAUGUUGUACUACGGGUAUUGGGAUACGAAGAAACAUCCAGAUACCCUGCUUUAUUACACCGCAGUCAUCGUGAUAACCUCUGAGCUUGAGGUUGGUCUGGGAAUGAUUGCAUGCUCGCUGCCUCCGCUGGGGAGAAUGCUGAGGGCAGUCUUCUCAACGCACCGCUCAAACGGCAACUCCGACAUGCGCUACAAUGGUCCCGGUAACAGCGGUACACCGCUUCGAACACUACCAACAUCAGGCCUUCGAAGCCACCCUAUGGGCAAGCCAUCCAGCGAGUGGGCUCACCUGGGUGAUAACGAAAGCGAACGAAAGAGUGGAGAGAGCAAAGCCCCGAUUUAUCGUAUUAACCGCGAGACGACAGUGCAGGUGGAAGUCAGCAAGGCUGAUUCAGAUGGAUCUAUUGAGAACGCGCCAAGAAAGAAGGGGAUCACAGAGCAUUGGUAA